AUGAUGCGAAUUACAUUCGCCAAAGUCCUGCAAGGGGCCAAAAUCAGUCCUAAGCAUUUGCUCAUUGCUUCAAGAAACCAAAGUGGAGAGGUGAAGAAACCUGAAAAAAUUGAAGUAUUUAUAGACAAUAAAUCUGUUAUGGUUGAGCCUGGAACAACAGUUUUACAAGCUGCUGCAAUGGUUGGUGUUGAAAUUCCGAGAUUCUGCUAUCAUGAACGACUUGCAGUUGCUGGAAAUUGCAGAAUGUGCUUGGUUGAAGUUGAGAAAUCUCCAAAACCUGUAGCAGCAUGUGCUAUGCCAGUUAUGAAAGGAUGGCAUAUCAAAACUGACUCUGAAAUGACCAAAAAAGCAAGGGAGGGCAUAAUGGAAUUCCUACUGGUCAAUCAUCCUCUUGACUGUCCAAUCUGUGACCAGGGAGGUGAAUGUGAUUUGCAAGACCAAAGUAUGGCUUUUGGAUCAGACCGUUCAAGGUUUACUGACAAUGAUUUUUCUGGAAAACGAGCUGUAGAAGAUAAAGAUAUUGGUCCCUUAAUCAAGACAAUCAUGACUAGGUGUAUUCAUUGUACUAGAUGUAUAAGAUUUGCUUCUGAAAUUGCAGGAGUUGAUGAUUUAGGUACAACUGGUCGAGGAAACGACAUGCAAGUGGGUACAUACAUCGAAAAGAUGUUCAUGUCUGAAUUGUCUGGAAACGUUAUAGAUUUGUGUCCUGUAGGAGCACUCACAAGUAAGCCUUACAGUUUUACUGCUAGACCAUGGGAAAUCAGAAAGGUAGACUCUAUUGAUGUGUUGGAUGCUGUUGGAUCAAAUAUAGUGGUUUCGACUAGAACUGGAGAGGUUAUGAGAAUCAUGCCAAGGGUGAAUGAAGAAAUAAAUGAAGAAUGGUUAGCAGAUAAAUCUAGAUUUUCAUAUGAUGGUUUGAAGAGACAAAGGCUAGUUACCCCAAUGAUAAGGGAUAAUAAAGGAGAGCUCAAACCAGUUGAUUGGGAAGCCGCUCUUUUAACUGUUGCGAAAGUCGUCAAAAAUGCAGGUAGCAAAAUUGGAGCAGUUGCGGGAGGUUUUGCCGAUGCCGAACAGCUCAUAGCUGUCAAAGAUCUACUCAAUACCUUAGGCUCAGAAGCUCUAUGCACCGAACACACCUUUCCGUUAGAUGGGUCCGGUACCGAUCUUAGGUCAAGUUAUUUGUUGAAUAACAGAAUCGCCGGAGCAGAGGAGGCCGAUGUUGUACUUUUAGUCGGUACCAAUCCGAGGUUUGAGGCCCCACUUUUGAAUGCCAGGCUAAGAAAGGGAUGGGUUCACAAUGAACUUGAAGUAGCAUCUAUAGGUCCCAAAGUCGAUCUUACUUAUGACCAUGAUCACCUAGGAGAUGAUCCUCAAGUACUCCAACAACUCAUCAAUGGCCAACAUGAGUUCAGCAAAAAAUUGCGUUCUGCUAAGAAACCAUUGAUCAUUGUCGGCUCAGAAACCCUAGAGAGGUCAGAUGGUGCUGCUAUAUUAUCUGCUGUACAGACAUUGGCAGCUAGUACCUCAGUUGAAAAUAAAGAUUGGAAAGUUUUGAAUGUCCUCCAUAAGAUUGCUAGUCAGGUUGCUGCUCUGGAUAUAGGAUAUACUCCUGGUGUUGAUAAGAUUAGAGAAGGAAAUUUGAAGGUUUUAUUCCUACUUGGCGCUGACGAUGGUGCUAUUGAAAAAUCCGAUUUACCUCCAGAUUGUUUUGUGAUUUAUCAAGGCCACCACGGAGACCACGGGGCUUCCAUAGCGGACGCGAUCCUCCCCGGCGCCGCCUACACCGAAAAGCAAGCCACCUACGUCAACACAGAGGGCCGAGCCCAGCAGACCCUUGUCGCCGUUUCGCCGCCGGGCAGAGCGCGGGAAGACUGGAAGAUCAUCAGAGCGCUGUCGGAGAUCGUCGGUGCCAAGCUGCCCUACGACAAGCUGAACGAGAUCAGGGACAGGCUAGAGGAGGUGGCGCCCCACCUCACUAGGUACGGGUCGGCCGAGGGGGCGAACUAUUUCAAGCAGGCAGAACAGUUGGCCAAGAAAUCCAAAUCACAACUCGACUGCACACCAAUUGAUGUGAAAGUUAAAGAAUUGCAGGACUAUUUCAUGACGGAUUCAAUCAGUAGGGCAUCACCAACAAUGGCAAAAUGUGUACAAGCUGUAUUAAAACAAAAGCAAUCCAAAUAUUGUGAUUAG